AUGGACCUUCUAAAUGAUCCAGCAAAUGACAGACACGUAAAAACUCUGAAGCCUCCCCCUCAUAGACCUUUGAUGAGGAACCUCAUGUUUCCAGAUAAAUUGAAAAACAAGCCAGAUUGGAAAUUACUUAGAGAUCAUCUUCAAAAGGAAGGGAGAGUGUCUAAGGAAGAUCUCUAUAAAUUGGUUGGAGAUUGCAAUAAAUUAUUAAAGAAUGAGGGGAAUGUAAUAUAUUUGCAAGAUCCACUUACAGUAGUUGGAGACAUUCAUGGACAAUAUUACGAUUUGUUAAAAUUACUGGAACCUAAAGUAGGAGGGAAUCCUGAGACAACUAAAUAUUUGUUUCUUGGAGACUUUGUUGAUAGAGGAUCCUAUUCUAUAGAAGUAAUAAUCUUGCUUUAUGCAAUCAAACUUAAUUACCCAAACACUGUAUAUUUUUUGAGAGGAAAUCAUGAAUGCAGAUAGCUCACAGCAUUUUUCAACUUUAAGGAGGAAUGUCUGUACAAGUAUGAUUAAGAGACCUAUGAUAUGUUGAUGGACUCCUUCGAUUUAUUUCCUUUGGCUUGCAUCAUCAACUCAAAGUUCAUAGCAAUUCAUGGAGGAAUAUCACCUGAUUUGAAAUCUUUAGAAGAUAUCAAGAGACUAGAUCGUUAUCAUGAGCCUCCUAGAAGUGGAUUACUUUGUGAUUUGUUGUGGAGUGAUCCAGUCGACUAAGAUCAAGGAAACAUGGAUGGCUAAUGGAAAGGAAAUGAAGUGAGAGGAUGCAGUUGGUUCUUUGGAAAUGAAGCUGCAUCUAAAUUUUUACAGAAAAACAAUCUGAUAUCAAUAAUUCGUGCUCAUGAAGCUUAAUUGGAUGGAUAUAAAAUGCAUAGAUGGCAUGGUGGAAAAGAUUUCCCUGUCGUCAUUACUAUUUUCAGUGCUCCUAAUUAUUGUGAUGUUUAUAAUAACAAGGGGGCUGUAAUUAAAUUUGAAAAUAACACUCUGAAUAUCUAACAGUUUUAAUAUACACCUCAUCCUUAUUUAUUGCCAAACUUUAUGGAUAUUUUCACAUGGUCUAUACCAUUUGUCGCUGAAAAAGUAACUGAAAUGCUUUACAAUUUACUAUAAGUUGGUGAUCAAGUUGAUGAUGAAGAAGUUAAUGAGGAAGAUAUCAAGUAGUUUAAAGAAAUGACUUAAUAAUAAAAUAAAUAAUUUGAUAAGUAAAGUACUGGUGGAUCAAAUACAGCUAAAAAUACAGAGAAAUUGAAGAAGAAGAUCAUAUUUGUAGCGAACAUGAUAAAAAUGCAAAAGACUUUGAGAGAACAAAGUGAAAGCAUAAUUUAACUUAAAGGAGCAUGUCCUGAUAAGAGAUUGCCACGAGGUGUUUUGACUGCUGGUAAAUCGGCAAUAAUGGAUGCUUUGGCUGACUUUAAUUUAGCGAGAAACGCAGAUAUUGUCAAUGAAAAAAUGCCUACAGUGACUUAGACACCAUAAUAAUCGAUUUCGAUUAACAAAUCAACUAAUUCUACAUCAUCUAAUACAAAGAAAAAGUGA